AUGGCUAAUGCUAAGACCAACAUUGACCAGAAAGUUCUGCAGUACGAACACUUCAUUAACGAAGUACUCCGGCGGGACUUGCAGAAGGUUUUGGAGCAGCGAGACUCUGUUUAUGAGAAGAUCUCACAGUACCUACAGCUCAAGAACACACUUCAGAAUCUCCAGGAGGAAGAAUCGAAGUGUCUCAAGACUGAUGUGGAUCUAGGCUGUAAUUUCUAUGUGGAGGCCCAAGUGGAGGAUGCCUCCAAGGUCUUUGUGGCUGUGGGAUAUGGCUUUUUUGUGGAGAUGACCCAUGAUGAAGCUCUGAAGUUUAUUGAGAAAAAGACUGCUCAGCUCACAAUAUUCACAGAACAGCUCACAAAGGACUCUGCCAGAAUCAAAGCACACAUUCGCUUGGUUUUAGAGGGUCUGAGGGAGCUGCAGGGCUUCAGUGAUGUCUUCUGA